UUUAUCAGAAGUCUUUAUUAUUGCGUCUCAGAUUAUUUUUCGUUUAUUUUAUGAAUCGAACAUCAAUUUACUCGUACAGACUAAAGAUUCAUCAGUUCGAUCUCGAUCGAAUAGAAAGAGAUUUAUAUAAUUGAUAUCAAUUAUAUAAAUUCUUGAAGGUUUUAAGAUGUCGUCCAUAUUAAUUUUAUUGGCCGUUUUCGUGUGUCUUCUUUCAUUUUGGAUAAGAUGGAGAAAAAGACAAAUGUGUAUAUUUCAGAGGUAUGGAAUUCCUGGACCUGAACCCAAUUUCAUUACUGGAAAUUUAAUAGAAUAUAACAAAAAGAGAAACAAAUGCUUAGAUGAAUGGCUAGAAAAAUAUGGAAAUGUUUUCGGUUUUUUCCUCGGAGGCAAACCUUGCGUUGUCUGUCGUGAUUUGGAAUUAAUAAAACUUAUACAAAUAAAGGACUUUAAAAGUUUUAUGAAUAGAGAUUUGUUACUUCCAGAUGCAGGAAUUCCUAAUAAUAACGUGCUUAACUCACUUCCGCUUCAAAAGGAUGAAGAUUGGAGAAUUAGCAGAAAUAUAUUGAGCACAAGUUUCAGUACCGCUAAACUGAAGAUGAUGAGCACUCUUAUGUUUGAGCCAAUAAAUGUAUUUUUGGAGAAAAUCGACAAACAGAAAAAAUCACCAUUUGAUAUUGCUGAAUUUUAUAAAAAGUUAACCUUUGAUUUAAUUUGUAGAACAGCCUUUGGAAUUCAGACAAAUGUGCAGAACGAAGAGACAAGUAAAAUUGUUCAAUCUAUCCAUGGCAUACUGACUGUUGAUUCGACCGAUUUAUUGACUUCACUAUCAAUUUGUUUUCCCGAAAUGGAGCCAAUUCCUACAUACAUGAGAAUGAUUUUAGAUAAAAUAAAAUAUUUAAUUAAUUACCCAUGUUGUAAGUUGGUAUUUGAUACGUGCCGACAAAUAAUUUUUUCAAGAAAAACAUCUGGUUAUCAUCCACCAGAUCUCUUGCAAAUCAUGAUUGAUGCCGAAGGUGAAACAGAUGGUGUUAUAAAGAAGCUUGCAACAGACAGUAUUGUCGCGAAUGCUGUUAUGUAUAUGCUAGCUGGUAAUGAUACUACGGGUACUAUGUUAGCUUGGUGUACUCAUAAUUUGGUUAAAUAUCCUGAAGAACAGGAAAGAGUUCGUCAGGAAAUCAACGAAAACAUAGAAAGCAAUAAACAAAUCGAAUAUGCAGAUUUAUCAAAAUUGAAGUAUUUGGAUCAAAUAAUAUCAGAAACGUUACGUCUUCGUUCUCUUUCGCCAAUUACAAUCAAUAGAAUAUGUUCGGAAGAUUUUCAUUAUAAGAAUAUAACUAUUCCAAAAGGAGUUACAGUUAUGAUCCCAGUACCGAACUUGCAUAAAGACUGCAAAUAUUGGAAAGAUUCGGGAGAUUUCAACCCUGACAGAUUUUCAUCUAAAACGGCAGGACAAAUAGAUCAAACGAUAUAUCAACCUUUCGGAUUUGGUCCAAGAAGUUGCAUAGGAAUGAGACUGGCUCAAACAAUUAUGAAAUUAACUUUGGCUAAUCUCAUAAAGAGCUACAACUUAGAACUUUGUGGAAAUUUGGAAGCUGAAGAAGACUUUUCGCUUUUUACAACCCGACCAAAAAAUGGAGUUGUAGUAAAGGCAACUGCACUAUCUUCGUGAAAUUUUUAAUAAAUUUCAUACAAUAUUUUACUUCUGAUUGCUUAAAAAUUAGAAAAAAUGAUAUUGUGUAAGUUAGAUUAUAGUCUUCAGAAAUCAGAAUAUAUUAUGCAUAAUUGAUUUAGAUUACAGAAUCAUUCAAUUUAUUCGAGAAUCAUUAUUUUAAAAAAAUAUGUAAAUUUUUGGCGUAAGUUUUGGUAUUUUUAACACGUGAAA